AUGAAGAGAAGCUCCACUCCUCACUCCGUCAACAAUGGGCGGAGGAAUGUGCAUGGUAGGAAGACCGCCAAGGAAAUGAAGGGAAAGAAGGCCGGAGAUGAUGACAUUGCCAUGGCUAUGGAAAGGAUUGCAAAUGCAAGGUUGCAAGCAAAUGAAGAUAGAAAGAUGCAACGAAACUGGGAGAAAGAGGCUAUGGAUGCUAUUGAAGCUAGGAGAGCUGCUUUGGAGGAGAGGAUUGCCGCCAACGAGGAGAGGAAGUUGGCUUUGGAGGAGAAGAGGCAAGCCACCGAGGAGCAAGCACGCCCAGCGGAGGAGGAGAGGAAGCUUUUCUUGAUGGAUACUUCCCAUAUGGAUGAGAGGCAAAAGGAGUACAUCAACCUUCUUCGCGAUGAAGUGUUGGCAAAAAAGAGAUUGUUGGUAGCCAACAUGAACACUUCCACGACCGGCAUGUUUGGAGGAGGCAUGGCCGGCAUGGGAGGCAUGGCUGGCAUGGGAGGCUAUGGAGGCAUGGCCGGCAUGGGAGGACCAAGCUAUGGAGGAGUGUUUGGAGGGACCAUGGGAGGCUCGGUGAGUGGUGUGUAUGGGAGUAUGGGAGCACCACCGGGAGGCUUCGUGUCUUCCAUGAAUGCUACUAUUCCUCCUUCAACCCAAGAUGACGAGGAGGAAGAAGAAGGUGUUGACUUGGAAAGUGCGGAAGUGUGA